AUGGACAUAAUUAUUAUGGUAACGGUGCUUAUGGACAACCUAAUCAUGGAGGCCAUGGAUAUCAGCCGGGUUAUUAUAACAAUACAUUAUGAUGGACAUGGAGGACAUGGAGGUUAUCCACCAUAUAUUCAUAAUCCUCAAAAUAAUAACAAAGUUAAUCAACAAGGACCAAUUGAUCAAAGACAAAUAAUACAUUAUGGAGGACAUGGAGGUUAUGGUGGACAUGGAAGUUAUGGUGGACAUGGAGGUUAUGGAGGUUAUGGAGGACAUGGAGGAUAUGGAGGACCAUCAGUAGUCUAUCAUCAGCCAGUAGGAUAUGUAGAUGGUGUAGGAGGAGGCCCUGGCUAUCAACCGCAACCACAGCCACCUAAUUAUGGGUGGUAUGGGCGUCGAAAAUAA